AGAGCUCAGGUCACGUGGCACCACUGUUCCGCCUCGGUAGCGAUGGACGCCGUCAGCUGUGAACGCUCACCUGUGUGAUCACGUGGUCAGCGUGUGCGCUCCCUCCUCCCCCACCGGACGCAGGCUCCGCACCCGGAAGCGGGAUCUCGGUUUGCUCCUCGCUGGCAGGACGCGGGAACGAGGCUUAGCGCUGGACACCCCCCACCCGCUGCAGCGCCGCGCGGGAGGAGCCGGAGCUGCUACAGUGGAAUGCUUUGUUAUGAAAAGUUCUUAUUGCACAAGACACCAUCGAUUGCUAAUUAGAGGGUUAGUAGUAAUCAAUCAAGAUACUGCAUUUUCUGAAUAUCCCAAAGUGGCUAUAAUUAAAACUAAGGAUAAGUAAACACGGCACAAGUUAGAAGACUGACGAGGAAGGACGGUCAACUGAGAAGAGGUUUACGCAACCUCAGUUUCAUCUAAACAUCAUGGGAGAGAUUAAAGUCUCUCCUGACUAUAACUGGUUCAGAAGUACAGUUCCUCUUAAGAAGAUCAUAGUAGACGAUGAUGACAGUAAAGUGUGGUCACUAUAUGAUGCAGGAUCCAAGAACAUCAGGUGCCCACUCAUAUUUCUUCCACCUGUAAGUGGAACUGCAGAUGUGUUUUUCCAGCAGAUUUUGGCACUGACUGGAUGGGGUUACAGAGUUAUUGCUUUGCAGUAUCCAGUGUAUUGGGACCAUCUUGAGUUCUGUGACGGAUUCAGAAAACUACUAGACCACCUACAACUGGAUAAAGUUCACCUUUUUGGAGCUUCUUUGGGAGGCUUUUUGGCUCAAAAAUUUGCCGAGUACACACACAAGUCCCCUAGAGUUCAGUCUCUGAUCCUGUGUAAUUCUUUUAGUGACACUUCCAUCUUUAACCAGACAUGGACUGCGAACAGCUUUUGGCUAAUGCCUGCAUUUAUGCUGAAGAAAAUUGUUCUUGGAAACUUUGCUUCUGGUCCUGUAGAUCCUGUAAUGGCAGAUGGAAUCGAUUUCAUGGUUGAUAGGCUGGAAAGCCUGGGCCAGAGUGAGUUAGCAUCGAGGCUUACCCUCAACUGCCAGAACUCCUAUGUGGAACCUCAUAAAAUUCGAGACAUUCCUGUAACUAUUAUGGAUGUGUUUGAUCAGAGUGCACUUUCAACUGAAGCGAAAGAAGAAAUGUACAAACUGUACCCCAAUGCCAGAAGAGCUCACCUUAAAACAGGAGGCAAUUUCCCUUAUCUCUGCAGAAGCGCUGAAGUCAAUGUCUAUAUCCAAAUACACUUACUGCAGUUCCACGGUACACGAUAUGCUGCCAUUGAUCCUUCUAUGGUUAGUGCAGAAGAACUGGAAGUCCAGAAAAUCAAGCUUCACAGCAGCAGUGAACAAGAGCAGCAGUAGCUUUCUCACAAUCAGUUAAAGCAGUGAACCAAUCUGGUUGUCUUCCUGUAUAUAAUCAGCUGUUUCCAAUCUGCCUUUUCUUAUGUUAGCCGGUUAUCACUGUGUAACUCCAACAGGCUUGAUAUUAUUCAGUGUAAUGCAAUCGAGAACGGUAAUCUACAGCGGUGUAACAGGAUACUUUGGUUUAAGUUUGUCUUUGAAUGUAAGGAAGUACCUUUGAGAAGACUCCAGUUUUAAAGAAUUGAAAUACAUUUUGUUACCAAAGUCUUCACCACUACGUUCUUAAAACG